AUGAACGCCUCUAUUGCACUGAACGACACGAUCGACGCGGACAUUUCCGCGAUCACCGCCAUCUAUGCGGACGCGGUGCUCAACGGCACCGCCAGCUUCGAACUGGACCCGCCGGACGCAGCGGAGAUGGCGCGCCGCUUCCAUGCCAUCCGCCAGGCUGGCUAUCCGCACAUUGUCGCGCGCGACGGCUCGGGCGAACUGCUCGGUUACGCCUAUGCGGGCAGCUAUCGGGCCCGACCGGCCUAUCGCUGGACGGUGGAGAACUCGGUCUAUGUGGCGCCGUCCGCCAAAGGGCGCGGCGUCGGCAGAACGCUUCUGGCCGAGAUCAUCGCGCGCUGCGAAGCGCUCGGGUUCCGCCAGAUGAUCGCGGUGAUCGGCGGGUCCGAGCAUGCGGCCUCGAUCGGCCUGCAUGAGGCGCUGGGUUUUGCCCAUGCCGGCGUCCUGCCCGCCACCGGCUUCAAGCACGGACGCUGGCUCGAUUCCGUUCUGAUGCAAAAGCCGCUCGGCGCCGGUUCGUCGAUGCCGCCCGACCCCGACACCUAUCCCGGAACGCUCUAUCCGCCCGCCUGA